CAAUAUUCUUCUUCUCUGCCCAACACAAAGUCAAUGCAUCCAUCACUCGUAGUUCUAUCGUUCUUGAUCAUAGCUCGCAUUGGCCAAGUGACCUCUCACCAUGAAUCUGGCCCGUGGACCUGCGAAUCUAACCCGGAUAUCCGAGUCCAGGCCGAGUUCAGACCCGGGGUAGUCACCCUCGACGGCCAUGUCGAUGAUUGGAAGGACGUUAUUGGGACCGAAUUUUCCCUCUUGCCUGCGUUGGAUCCCGAUGCUGAUAAGGAGUAUAGUGGCGGCAAGAUGACCAUCAAGGCAUUGCACGACGCGAAAGAUGUAUUCUUUAUGCUGCAGGUCGGCGGGAAUUAUGCUUAUACUGCCGGAGACAACACGAAAUGCCCUUCUGUAGCUCUCAUGUUCCCAAUUGGGGGAAAUGCUACUUAUCAUGGAAUGGGUGGGUGUGAAGAAGAACCGGGUAGUUGCUCGAGCAAGACAUGCCGUGGCCAUGAAGUUGACAUAAUGCAAUUCACAAUAGGGGAUGCUAUUCCUGGGCGGGUUUAUGGUGGCAACCCAGUAGAUACCAGUGAGGAGAAUGGGGGAGGCAGGUUUGGUCAAUUGGUUGAUCUUUAUGCCUGGAAUCCUCAUUGUAGAAAUUUAGAUGGUGUUGGUCCUUCAGCAAACGGUUCUAGUGCGCAGGAUGAUUGGAAAGGGGCAUGGUGGCAUAGUAGCCUGACCAAUCACUCGGGUUAUAAAAAGGAAGACAGCCCUUAUGCAACAAAUGCUCAUCCAGGGACAUAUUACUUUGAAUUUUCUAGGCCUUUGACAACAAUAGGCCAUCUGCAACAGGAUGCUCAGUUCACAAUUGGUAAAUCAAGUAAGAUAUCUGCAGCUCUGUGGUAUCCUGUUGACGGGAAGCCGUGGCAUGGAUCUGCACAUUACUCGAUCAGCUGCGAUUGGGUAUCAAUGAACAUUAUGGCAGGCAGACGUUCUGGUUCUGCUGGGUGGGUAGUUAGCAGUGCACAGGACACGGCAACAGCCCUUUCUCUUCUGUUCUCUGUUGUGGCUUUCUACACAUUACUGAGUUUUGUCAUCUCAGGAAAUCCAUUUUACCCUUAGACACUCUUUAAGAGGGAAAUUUAAAGUUGCUUGCCUUGAAUCACAAUUUUUCUAGUGGUUGUUCUUGAAUGCUAUUGUUUUGGUAACAAAUGUGUUAUGGAC